AUGAUUGAGUUUUUGCCAAACUCGGCAAGAUCCCCAGACGCCGCGGGCACCGUUUCCGAGCACCCCUACGAAUAUAAAUACCCAACAUAUCGUGACCAAGCGCGCCCCCUUCGCGCGGAAGCCCUAGGAUGUACAACCCAAACGUCAAAAUGAUUAGCCCCGAUCAUUCCCUCACGUUCACCAACUUGGCGUCGAAGACUUUCGAGCUCACGCAACACAAUGUGCCGACGUCCCCCGAUAUACGGAUGAUCCAGGACAUCAGCCAGGCCACUCUGACGCCCAGAGAUGGAGAAUCACUCAUGACAUGGACAAAGGGGUGUUACUUUGGCAAGAGCGGGUUCGACGAUGUUAUGCUCUGCUGGCAAGAGCUGGAAGCCCUGACUUCUUUCUGUAUCGGCAUCGAAUCUCCCGAACGCGGCUUUUUCAAGCCUAUUCAGUCGCACUGGAAAGUGAAGUACAACGACGGCAAUACGAUCAAGGACUGGUUCUUCCCUUCCGAGAAUCCAUCAGACCCGUACACAUUCCCGAGCACAAUGGAUGUUGAUAUAUCCGUUACGAGUCAUUCGGUGAAGGAUCAGUUGGAGCUCAAAAUCACGAUCAAGGACAAGGCACCAAGUGCUGAGCUCAAAUCAUAGGAGUUUGCAGAAUGGGUACGAACUACAGCACGUUGGUUCUCGAGUAGGCAUCCGUACGGCUUUGCAGGAUAUGACAACCAGGCGUCAAGCAAGAUGGGACGGGAGAUGUGCAGAGAUGGGGGAUGACUCAAUACCAGCGUUAUUUGCAAAAGUAUUUUGGGAGGCGGUUUGUUUACAUGCGAUGCUU